UAGUUUUUAGAAAGAGAAAGCAAAGGCAGAGGCUGAGGCAAAGAAAACAGAGUAUUUCUUACUCUUUCUUUUAUUCUUUUCCAUCCCAAAAAAUCAUGCCCUAUUUCCUCCUCCAUUAACGGUCACUUCUUUUUUUUGCUUCCCUUAUCAAUCCAAACACCCUCCCUAGUAUCUCUCUGAUUCUUCUUCUCUUUCUUUCUUUCUUUCUUUUUACUCUUGCACGUUAUGAAAAAUCUCACAGCCGACUUAUUCCUUUUGAAGCUUAAAUAUUCUAAAAAGCCUUAAACGUGUCGUAACCAAUGAAAAUUUCCAAUAGACAAGCUUCCUUCUCUCGUUGACAUAGCCACAUACAUUUGUUUAUGAAAUUUGGUUGUUGAAUCUGAUCUGGGUUGUUGUUGUUUGGGGUGAAAAAGGAGAGAGAACUGAGAAGGGAAGAUGUUAACGUGUAUAGCUUGUUCAAAGCAGUUAAAUAAUAACAAUGGAUCUAUUGGGCGCCAACAGGAUGAAGAUACGUUGGAGACUCCUAGGACAAGGCAAGCCAUUAAGGGCCUCACUUCUCAGAUCAAGGACAUUGCAUUAAAAGUGUCUGGAGCUUAUAAAAACUGCAAGUCUCGUUCUGGUUCAUCAAACCAUAACCUGAACUAUGCAGACUCUGAUGCCAACUCUGACUCAGCAAGCUUCCAUUGUCCUUACCGUAGAACGGGAAGCACGGACUCGACGCCCACAAUAUGGGGCAAAGAAAUGGAGUCAAGACUAAAAGGACUUUCCAGUGGUGAAGAUACCCCAGCCUCCGUUAGUGGCCGGGCAGGAUCAGUAGUGUUUAUGGAGGAAGAUGAGCCUAAGGAAUGGGUUGCACAAGUGGAGCCUGGUGUUUUAAUCACUUUUGUUUCGUUGCCUCAGGGAGGGAAUGAUCUGAAACGAAUUCGAUUCAGUCGUGAAAUGUUCAAUAAAUGCCAAGCUCAAAGGUGGUGGGCAAAGAACUAUGACAAGGUUAUGGAACUAUACAAUGUUCAGCAAUUUAAUCAUCAAGCAGUCCCACUUCCAUCUCCCACAAGAUCUGAAGAUGAAGGCUCAAGAAUCGAAUCUGCAAAGGACAGUCCUGUGACUCCAACCCUGAACAAAGAAGGACCCCGCAACUUUGUCCGGCCAACAGGAAUGGGCUAUUUGUUAUCAGAUUCCCUGGAUCGUCACCCAAUACAAUCCGGUCAAUACUAUGACUCAGCUACACUUGCUUCAACACCAAAACUCUCCGGCAUUAGUGGAGCCAAGACUGAGUCAUCAUUGAUAGAUGGCUCUAUUAGUACUAGUUCAUCGAGAGAGGAUCGCUCUGGAGAGCUCGCCAUCAGUAAAGCUAGUGAUACGGAAACUGAAUGGGUUGAACAGGAUGAGCCAGGGGUUCACAUCACUAUUAGAGCACUUCCAGGUGGCACUCGGGAGCUUAGACGUGUCCGCUUCAGCCGAGACAGGUUUGGAGAAAUGCAUGCAAGGAUGUGGUGGGAAGAAAAUCGAGCCAGGAUACAAGAACAGUACUUGUGAGAUUUAGCAAAUCAAUGAGAUAUGGUGGCAUUUGGAAGUUUUGUCCCCUGUUAACUACUGGUGUUAGACAAUUCUGUGUGCCUAGGCACAACUAAUCACAUAGCCUACAUGCAUCAACUCUGCUUAUUGUUCUGCUUACAUAUAUCCUCAAUUAUCGAUUUUUUUUCUUUCCAUAUUUGAUGGAUGCAACUGUUGGUGCUUUGGGGCUUGUUUGAAAAGGAAAAAAAAAAUCAAAUUUAACUUAAUAAAUAAAUGCAAACGAAAUUCAAUAGAAUAUAUUCAUAAAUUGUUAAAUUGAAUUCAUUUACAAUAUCAAGGUGAAAAUAAUUUCAAUU